CAUCAUCUGAUUAUCAGAAACCAGAGAAAAGGGUGUUAUCAUGAUUAAAAUAACUAUUUCUUCAUUAUAUCUGUGCAAAAUUUACAAAUAUUAUCUCUCAUUAAGCGAUUGAUUCAAUAGCAGGAAAAAUAACAAAAUGGAAUUGUGUUUUUAUGUAAUGAAACUUGUGGGGUUUGUUUUGAAGUUCUCCCAAUUGUGAGGUUAUGUUCAUAAAUUUAGUUUCCAUCAGAUUGAAUGUGUUUUGAAUUCUAUUUUCAACAGAAAAACUUACAAAUAAUGUUUAAAAUUUAUUUAAUUAUAUUAUAACAGUGGAUUCAGUCCAUCUACUGACUCCAAAAGUGAUAUUUAUGUCAGGCCUACGAGGUACACAAUCUAACCUAUCGUCUGCGAUACUAGAAACAUUUUUUAUCAAUGAGAACCAAAAGUUAUUUGCUGAGUUUUGUUUGCAUAGUAGGCACUACUCUUUUACUUCUUCUAUUUGGCGAUCAGAGGCCGUCCAUUCAAAGCAUUGUUACCGAAACUCAUAAACAACUAACUAAUAAUUUGCGCACUUUCAAGGAUAACUUGAAAGUGGUGGAAGAGAAACGUCUGGAGGCGGAUGCCGAAUACCUGGCCUACCUAGGCUUGGCACAGCGGGACCCACGGCUCUAUCCCCAGGCGGUGUGGACCAACACCUCUCUGCCUGUGGUCGUCACCUAUGUGCGGGACGGCCAAGCGGAGCAUGGAGUUGGUCUCAUCAGAAAUGUGGCCCACUAUCUUCCCAAUCACACCGUCAUUGUGUACAACCUGGGCUUGGGCCGGUAUCAGCUGCAACUGCUCCAACUGCACUGCAACAAUAGUCACUGCGUAGUGAUUAAUUUCGAUCUGAACGCCUUUCCGUCAUUCGUAUCUGACGAAAAACUUCACGCUUUCCGACCUCUUAUCAUUCAGGUACGUUGAAAAUAAAAGUAAAUU